AUGGAUUUCCAAUUGAAAAGGAAUAACGCACAACACGGUUACAACCAGAACCACCCGGGUUUCACUCAAGAUUCGGUGAACAACCGGGACGCCGAGAACUCGGGGCCGAGACCCACAUACCCGCAAGUGAUGUACCAAUUCAACCAAAAUACACACGGGUAUCCACAGGGGACAGUUUCAAAACAGGCGCCUCUGUCCCAGCAGUCGCACCCUUUCCCUCAAAAUUUUGCCCAGAACUUUCCACCAAAUUCACCAAUGACUAACGGGAUGCCCACACCCUUUGAUACAGCUUACGGGGCUACCCUGUUACCGUCUCAUCUUUUGAUGGGCUCCCCCUUCGUGUCGACACCCAACCUCCCACAAACGAACUACACCGCUCAGAGAAAGGGCAGUCACACGGGGAUGGCAAACGGCACUGGUUCGAUGAAUUAUUAUAGAACAGACCCACAGAUUAUUAACGGCUUGUUCCAGAUUCCCUUUGAAAUUUCAUACAAGAUACUCCCAAAGGGCGAUGAUCUUUAUAGAACCCGUUCUUUGUUGUUGGGUAACAUUGACGAUAUGGUGGACUUGCAUACGUUCGUGUCCAAGUUUGUACAGAACAACUCCGUGGAAAGUGUCUACAUAACGAAGGAGGGACAACAACCGGAGAAAUAUGGCUUUCUCUUGAGUUUCCUGUCUGUGCAAAUAUGUCUGAACUUCUACAACAAUGUAUUGCAGAGACUGAAAGAGUUUAAAGAACAGCUUAAAGCCAGCUCUUUGGAGUUGAGUUUUGUAUCAAUGAGACAACGCCCCACAAAAGUGGAAGGUAAGAUAUACCGCCGCUUUGCCGCGGAUGAUGGAGACGGGAUGGCCAACCUACAUUUUGAUAUGGCCGCCCAGACAGGUGCAACUCGAUCCAUCGCGAUAGAAUUUGUUGAUAAAGAUGUUAUUCUCACUAGAGAUGAACUGUUGAACAAAAAAUUGAAGUUCCUAUCGGAGGGAAACAAUAGGUACAUCUUAGAACACAUUGCAGUUUUCAAAACACAACACGGGACAAAAGUGUUUGGGAAAAACUACGCAAUCAUAACGUUCUUGAGCAUUCCAAUGGCUAUGGAGAUCAUGGACUAUUUGAAGCUUAACAUUAAGCAGUUACACCUGACGAAAUUUUUCUACGUUCAGGUAACUCAUCCACCGCAGCAAAGUCCCGCGGCGUCACAAAAGAAACCUCAUGCAAACGACACAGAAUCAAAUCGUGAUACUAGUCCACCUAAUUCCAAGAAGGAUCAGGAGUUUUUUCCUAACAAUAGCAUGCUGAGCCUGGUUUCAUCGGAGUCCUCUACGUCCUUAGCAGAUGAUGUUGACGGUUUAGUCAAUAAAUUGAAGAGUAUUGAAUUACAAGAGUCAACUUUGAAGUUGCGUGUAGAAGAUUACCCAGAGCCGCUAUUCGAGCAAUUUUCCGAGCAUUCUAAUGGCAUUGUACAGUCGCUUCCUGUACCUCAGACACGCCCAAUUGGUGGACCACAAUCUUCAAUCAGCACUCCAAGGGCGUUUGGAGCAUUCCCAAACGAUAUUGGUUCUCCCCCAGCGUCAUUUCUGCCACUAGAUCUAAAUCAUUCUAACUCUGUUCCAAAUUUGCCUCCUGGGUUUAUUCCGGCCACUCCAUCGGGUCCUAUGUCACCUCAACAACAACAAUUAUUCCUGAACUCGCAAAGGCAACAACGCGACCAUGCCGGUGGUAAAUUUGCUCAUCCAAUUACAGACUCUUUGGAAUCUCAGAUGAAGACUUCUACGCAAGUUGCCACAGCAAUGGGGAGUGACUUUAAUAAUCGUACGAUAUACAUCGGGAACAUCAAUCCGCGGUCCCGUGCCGAGGAUAUUUGCAAUGUGGUUCGUGGCGGUAUUCUUCAAAACAUUAAAUUCAUCGAAGCGAAACACAUUUGCUUCAUCACUUUUAUAGAGGCAUCCGCUGCUGUGCAAUUUUAUGCCAAUGCCUUUAUCGACCCGAUCGUUCUACAUGGCAACACCUUAAAACUGGGUUGGGGGACCUACACUGGGCCAUUACCCAAGCCUAUUGCACUUGCUGUUACUAUUGGAGCGAGUAGGAACGUUUACAUCAGCUUGCCCGAAAUUGCAUUCAAAGACAAAUACAUUAAGGAUCCAAAGUUCAAAAUCUACCAUGAAAGCUUUAAAUUACCGGCUAAGGAAGUUUUGAGGAAAGAUUUUCUGCAUUACGGUUCUAUAGAACAAAUCAACAUGUUGAACGACAGCCAUUGUUGUUGGGUCAAUUUCAUGAAUAUAAGUUCUGCAAUCAGACUGGUAGAAGAUGCGAGCACCAAACAAGACCAUUUCAACCAGUUGUUCGACCACAGAUACGAGGGCCUUGUUAUCAAUUACGGGAAGGAUAGGUGCGGGAAUAUAAACAGAAACCUGGUGGCCGGUAAGACUUCCAAGUAUCACAAGAAAGUCAAGAAGCACACUCGUGAUGUCAGGUUGAGCCAGUUGGAGGAGAAGAGAAGGAACCAGGACGCAGAGAGAAGAGAAAUGGUAAAUGGCACGAUCCCGGAGGAAAAUCCAUUCGACGCGUUUGCAAUCAAUACAGGGUCUGCCGAGAAGAAAGAUGAACUUUCGCUUGACUCAUUAGGGAUUAGUAUUAUGGAAGUGGAAUCGGCGAGUCCGAUUUCGCCAGUGAUGGGCGACCUUGAGGAUCAUACCAAUGGGAGCUAUACAGAUGCUGGUAUCGCUCCUUUGAACUACACCAACAACUCUGGCUCGUCAUCGGACAUAGAAUUGAUAAUAAAUCCUCCCAACGACCCGAACCGCUCGGUGGGUGUUCUGGAAGGCGACCCGUCGACCCUGUCUCCUCCCUCGGACAAACGAAAGCUAGUAGCCUUACACGAAGUAUCUUCGCCACCUCCUCCACUAGCCCCCGAUACCAUAUCGCGACAAUACGCAGAGGCGAGCUACCAUAACGAACUUGUUACAGGUAACGAUCACCCAGACACCGGGUAUGGAAAGGCUGAAAACGGUAGACAUAGGCAACAACUUCCCAGGAACGCGCGCACAAUCCCCGGAUCUGAUGUGAUGGCCCAAUAUUUGGCACAAUUACAGCACUCUACGUUCAUGUAUGCAGCCAACGUGCUCGGUGCCUCUAACGAGGGUACUGAGCAGUAUGAUGACCAGUAA